AUGUCUUCGGAAAUAGAUUACGUUUCAUCAUUAAUAUCAAUACAAACAAAUUUAUAUAAAUACGGUGGACCAAUUUUGAUGAUUCUGGGUACUGUAAGUUGCGUACUUAGUUUGAUUGUUUUUACAAAAAAAAAUCUACGUAAAAAUCCAUGUGCAAUAUAUUUGGUAGCGUAUAAUAUUGGUAAUCUUCUACAAAUUUAUACAACUAUGUUAUUAGCGAUACUAUCAAGUGGUUAUAAUAUCGAUCCUACUUUAUAUAGUCUGAGUUUCUGUCAUUUUCAUUAUUAUAUACUGCUUUUGUCUACUGCUUUAAGUCCAUCUUAUUUAAUAUUGGCAUCAAUUGAUCGAAUAUUAAUCUCUUCAUCAAAUGCUCUAACACGACAACAAAGCACUUUACGUCGAACUUACAUAUGCAUCAUAAGUGUAACAUUCUUUUGGUUAUUAGCUCAUAUUCAUGCAUUUCUUCUGACACAUAUUAUGGAACCACUACCAAAUCUUAUCAUUUGUUCUUUCCAGCCUGGAUUCUAUUUAACAUUCAUAAAUUAUUAUAUGAUUUCAAUCCAAUACAUUCUUAUUCCUUUAUUAAUGAUUAUUUCGGGAGUAUGGACUGUGAGAAAUCUUCGAAAAAUACGUCCAGUCAAUUUUGCUAUUGUCAACACAGCUACUGUUACUGUGCGUCCUACUCAUUCAAAAGAUAGUCAACUUAUUCAAUUUUUAAUUAUUGAUAUUAGCAUAUAUAUUAUAUUCAGUGCAAUGAUGCCACCUGCUCUUAUAUAUUUACAAAUACUUCAAACUCGAUCAUAUAGUUUUGCUGAAUAUCAGCUCGUAGUCCUACUUAUGAAUGUUGCUAUGUUCAGUUCUUAUAUCCCAUUUUGUGUUGGCUUCUAUACUAAUUUUCUCGUGUCUAAAAAAUUUCGAUUUGAAGUCAAAAGUAUUAUAAAAUGGAGUACAACUGAUCGAACAGUAGGUGAUAAACCGAAUAAUGCCGGUCCUUAUAUUCGUCGUCGAUCGGAUGUUGGAGUUAAUGAAUCAACUUCACUGGCAUUAUCUAAUUCAGUUGAUAAUUCUAAAUGGCGAGUAAAUUGUGAUGAAGAAACUAAAGUACAACGAGAACGUCGAUCAACACAAAGUAUUACUGUUGAAGAUAUUAAAGCAACUGAACAACAAAUUAAAAAUCGUUCAGAUAAACUUCCAUAA